AUGGCAGCAAAUUCUGGUGCAAGGAUUGGAUUGGCGGAAGAAGUUAUGAAUCAUUUUAACGUUGCAUGGAUUGAUAAAGGAAAUCCAAGCAAAGGUAUCAAAUAUCUUUAUCUUGAUUCGGAGAUAUAUAAGCAAUUACAUCAAAAUGGAAGGAAAUCCGUUAUCACGGAAGAAAUUGUUGAGGAAGGAGAAAUACGACAUACCGAUAUUAUUGGAUCAAAAGAUGGGCUUGGUGUUGAAAGUUUGAAGGAUUCAGGAUUAAUCGCUGGGAUAACAUCGCGAGCAUAUGAGGUAGUUGAGUUAUAUAUAAAUAAAUUACUUAAUCAUGUUUUAAAAUUAUAUCCAAUUAAAAUGGAGAAAUUAGAAUAUGACAUUUUAAUUGCAUAUCAGAAAUAUGUGUUAGAUUUAGAAUAG